AUGACAGUAUCCUCAGUUGAGGCUCCCAAGGCCUCCGUGCCAGCAGUUACACAACCGGCAGACAUGCCGCAUCGUACGCUUAGCAGGUCGAUGACAUUUGCCAAUCUUGACCAAUACCAAUACUGGCAUGCGGUCGGUCCAAUGCUGGGGAGGAUGCUCUCCAAUGGCAACUACAGCAUUCAUCAACAAUAUGAAUAUCUGUGCCUUUUCGCGCAUGUCAUAAUCCCAAAAUUGGGUCCAUUCCCUGGUGGAAGGGACAUCUACAAAUGUCUGCUCGGAGGCACUGGCUCCGUGGAGCUCAGCCAGAAUGUCCAGAAACUAGGCCUGACUGCACGGGUUGCGUUCGAGCCUACCAGCUACAUCGCCAGCACGGGAGUCGACCCACUCAACCGACACACGGUACACGCUACCCUGGCAGAAUUGAGGGCCAUCGGGUCUGCCACUGUUGACAUGGAGCUGCAUCAAAUGCUCGUCAAUGAGCUGACGUUGACGGACCGCGAGGAAAAACUCAUGUCGCCGGAGCAAAUCUCGGGAACUGCGUGGAAGACGCAAAUUCUGCUUGCUCUGGAUCUGGGACAGACUGGGAUCACAGUCAAGGAGUAUCUUUACCCGGCACUCAAAGCUUCCGUGAUAGGAAAGACCGUGGCGGAGUUGUGCUUUUCUGCUAUUCGGAAAGUGGACACACAAGGAGUCUUCGAGGCUUCGACCCAGGCUAUUGAGACGUAUAUGCAAACCCAAAGCCAGACAGACCUCUACUUUUUGUCAUGCGAUCUGGUCGAUCCAGCGAGAACUCGAAUCAAGCUGUACCUAAUGGAGCUGGAUAUGAGAAUGGAAAAAGUCGAGGAACAUUGGACAAUGGGAGGCAAGCUGAUUGACGAAGAGACAGUCCUUGGGCUGAAAAUGCUGCGAGAGCUGUGGGUAGAGUUUGGGAUUAUCGAAGGCAUGCGAAAUGAGCCAGAGCGCCCAUCGUUGCCUGGAGAUCCUGACACUAUCGUUCCCUUCAUCAUGAAUUAUGAGAUGAAUCCCUGCGAGGCAUUGCCAAAGCCCAAAUUUUACUUCCCCUUGGUUGGAAUUUCGGAGCUGAAAAUUGCCAAUGUGCUUACUGCAUUCUUUGAACGCUAUGAUAUGCCCGAGCAGGCAGCGGUGUAUCGUGAUAACCUGCAGACAUACUACCCCAGCAAGGAUUUGGCCGUCGCAACGGAUCAUCAGGCAUGGAUGUCCUUUUCAUACACCAAGAAGAAAGGACCUUACCUUACGAUGUACUAUCACUAG